AUGAAGGGUCUCGCUUUUGUGUGUGGCCUCCUGGCUACAUCUGUGUCUGCCCACAUGCAAAUGUCGAAACCAUAUCCGAUUCGGAGUCCGUUGAACAAGGAUGCAGAUGGCGAGAAGGACUAUUCAUACACAAACCCGCUGUCUACAAGUGGCUCUGACUACCCUUGCAAAGGAUACGCUAACGACCCAUUCAACUCUGUCGCCACAUACAGUCCAGGCCAGGAGUACGAGAUCGAAUUGCAAGGUAGCGCAACACACGGUGGGGGUUCGUGCCAGAUCGGACUCUCUUAUGACAAAGGAAAGACUUUCCAUGUGAUUCACUCCAUUCUUGGAGGGUGCCCAAUUGAAAAGAAAUACAAGUUCACAGUCCCCAGCGAUGCGCCAAAUGGGGAGGCUUUGUUGUCCUGGACGUGGUUUAACAAGGUCGGUAACCGCGAGAUGUACAUGAACUGUGCACAGGUCACAAUUGGCGGUGCUGCGAAACUUGCACAAACAAACGCUCUCUCUCGUCGUGACAGCUUCGACAGUCUCCCGGAGAUCUUCCAGGCCAACAACAAUGGACCAGGCCAAUGCACCACCACUGAGGGUGAGGAAGUGAAUUUCCCACUACCGGGUCCCUCUAAAGAGGGAAGCCUCUCUGGCAAGGGCUACACAUGCAAGAGUUCCGCUCCUUUCCUGGGUGAUUCCACGUCCGCAGCCAGUGGUACUAGCUCUGCUGCCCACGCCCCUAAGAGCUCUGCUCACAAGUUCGGCUCCGCUUCUGCGUCCGCGACACCUUCCAGCAAGGUCGCUUCUGCCUUCGGCAGUCCGUCCUCCCUUCAUGGCGCUUUUGCCACGCCAUCCCCCUCGCAGCCAGGGCGCGUCGACUCGCACCCCCUCAAGCACCACGAGUCGAGCCAGGAAAACUGCAGAGACGGUAGCAUUAUCUGCAGUGAAGACGGCCAAACCUGGUCUAUGUGCACCUUCGGUCAUCCUACCUUCAUGGGUCCUGUUGCCGCCGGCAUGCGCUGCCGCCACGGCGCCAUGCACCGCGUGUGGUGA